CAUAUCCGUAAAAAAAAAUCUAACAAAACAUUUUUUUUUGAAGAGUUUAACUUUAAAAUUUUAACUAAAAAUGAAAUCAUUCGUUGCUAUCAUUGCUAUUGCAUUAACAAUUGUUGCUGUUAGCGGCUCAGCUUAUGGACCAGCUGGAUUAAAAGGAGGACCACCAUGUCAAAAAAGUGUUCUUGUUAGUUGUGCACCAUUAGUACAAAGUGUUCCAUGUAAACCUGGUGCUGGUGCUGCUCAUGUUGGUGGUGCUUAUUCUGAACCACUUCCACAAUAUGCUGCUCCAUAUGCCGCUCCAUAUUCUGCUUCAGUUGACGAAAUGGCAGUACCAGAAGAUAUGGCUGUACCAGCUGCAUCUGAAUAUGUUCCAAAAUAUGCUGUACCAAAUUAUACACCAUACUAUAGAUAUUAUUAAAAUAUUAUA